AUGGAGAAAGGUGUCGACGCUCGCUCUUCGCUCGAGUCCCCUACGUGUGCGCUCGUACCGUUCUCGUUUCGAAGUCCCUUCCACGAUGCACUGCGCGACCGCACGCGCUGGUUUCCGAUCGCUGGGAAGCGCAUCCGCAUCGAUCAAGCGUGGCAGAGCGACGGACGAGGCGGUACGACAUUGGGCUUUGGCGCGUCCGUGUACGAUGCGGCCAUUGCGUUGUCGCUCUACUUAGCUGCCCAUCGGGAGCUGGUCCAGGGAAAGCAGAUACUGGAGCUAGGCGGUGGUCCAGGUCUCGUUGGUGUUGUCGCUGCGCACUUUGAGCCCGAGCGUGUCGUGAUCACCGACGGAGAUCCCGCAUCGGUUGCACUGACUCGACGGAACAUCGAGCUGAACGGCCUCGCGGAGAGUGUUUGCAGGGCUGAAAAGUACCUCUGGGGCGACGUCGACCACGCCCUUGUUCCUGAGGUCGGCGGUCGUGGGCAGUACGACCUGAUUCUAGGUGCUGACAUUGUGGCAUGUCCAUACGCUUCGGCGUUCGAGGCACUGAUGACAUCGCUGCAGGCAUUGGCUGGACCCGAGACACUGGUGUUGCUGGCCUAUAAGAAGCGCAUGCACUCGGAAGCGAAGUUCUUCGCGACGUUUGACAACGUGUUUGACACUGAGACGAUUGACAGGUCCGAGAUGCAUCCAGACUUCCAGGAAGAAGACGACAUUGUGAUUUUUCGCGCGCGGCUUAAGACACAAUAG